UAUAUAUAUAUGUCGGAGCAAGACACUCAUUUGACUUCCGGUUGUACGCUCGAUGACAGCUGCUAGUCUGUGAUUGGUCAACCAGGCGUACCAACUGUGCAGUGCGGCCAAUCAGAAGAUGGCUGCGCUGUUAUUGGCUGAUGGAGCGCAGGCGUACCAAUCGUCAGCGCCUGGACAUGCACGUGGCGGGCUAAUUCCGGCGGGCUCUUUCAAUUUUCCGAAGAUCGUCGGCUUGGCCACACGAGUUUGUCUGCUUCAUCGCCAGUGUUCAUUUGUUUGAUUUAAUCUAAAAAUAAUUAAGUUCUGUUCCUGUGUAAAUUACCUGCUUCAAAUAAAUUUCUACAUUGAAGAAGUUCGUCUCGUCAUUUCUCGAGUCACCCAUGGCCGACGAAUCGGUCGAUCGCCCACAAGAACCUCCUCUCAUUUCUGAUGUUCCGACAUCAGAAGUGGGAUCCCCUCGAGAAGAUUGCCGUGAAGAACAAAGCUCAAGAAUGGACGAGAAUGUUCUAAAACUGGUGCUUGAAGCUCAAGGCAAGAAUAUGGCUAGCCUCAUAGAUGCCAUCAGGCAACCUCCCAGGACUGUGAUACUACCGGAAUUCGAUCCUGAUAAACCUGAAGCGGAUCCCCGAGCCUGGUGUUCGACGGCAGACCUAUGUUUAUCUGAAGACCCCCUACAUGGCAGUGCUUUAAUUAUUGUGAUUAGUGCCGCAUUAAAGGGAAGUGCAUCGACGUGGCUAUCUCAAGUAUCAUUUGCGGGUAUGACAUGGCAACAAUUCAAAGACAUGUUCAUAGCCCGAUACGGUUGUGCAGAAACUUUAGCAGCUACCCUCAUAAAGUUGCAAAAUAAUAGACCAAAAGAAAAUGAACCUCUACCAGCAUAUGCAGCGCGCAUGGUUACUGCCCUGACAUCUCGACUUCAAAACGUACCUACAGACAAAAUCGUCAUUGCUUCAGUUUUAUCACACAUGGCUCAGUUUGAGCCCAGGCUGCAGAGGCUGGCUUUCACCGCGGAAAUCAAUUCAAGAGAUCAACUACAGCGUGAAUUGCAAGCGUUUUCAUAUCUCAAACGCAACGCUUCUUCCAUGCAUGGGAAUGGUGACGAAAGAAUCGACUACAAACGAUUUAAACCAUCCAUCACCAGUGCCCUACGCUGCUUCCACUGUGGUAAACUGGGACACAGAUCAACGGAGUGUCGUACCAGGAAGGACAACAUGGGACAGACCAACACUACUUCAGCAGUAGCUCAGUCGCCUCGACGGUCCCAAAGACAAGCUGAUCCAGUCUGCUUCAGAUGCGGAACGCCUGGCCACUUCGCCAGCAACUGCCAUCGCAACGUUCCGGUGACCUCGACCGGCCCCUCCCCGCAGCUUGGUGGAAACGGUGCUGCCAAUUCAACCGAGCGACGUGUGGAUGUCUGCUGCGUUGAUUAUCCGCGUGCAGAGUUAACUAAUAAUGAAAAUGCACCCGAGGACGGGUGUUGGUCAGUGAUGGCCGUGUCGGAGCAAGACACUCAUUUGACUUCCGGUUGUACGCUCGAUGACAGCUGCUAGUCUGUGAUUGGUCAACCAGGCGUACCAACUGUGCAGUGCGGCCAAUCAGAAGAUGGCUGCGCUGUUAUUGGCUGAUGGAGCGCAGGCGUACCAAUCGUCAGCGCCUGGACAUGCACGUGGCGGGCUAAUUCCGGCGGGCUCUUUCAAUUUUCCGAAGAUCGUCGGCUUGGCCACACGAGUUUGUCUGCUUCAUCGCCAGUGUUCAUUUGUUUGAUUUAAUCUAAAAAUAAUUAAGUUCUGUUCCUGUGUAAAUUACCUGCUUCAAAUAAAUUUCUACAUUGAAGAAGUUCGUCUCGUCAUUUCUCGAGUCACCCAUGGCCGACGAAUCGGUCGAUCGCCCACAAGAACCUCCUCUCAUUUCUGAUGUUCCGACAU